GGAGUUAGUUUGCGUGUAAGUAGCACGUAUUCUAAAUUAUUAUUUUACGACUAAUUGAAAUAGGAUGGAGUUAAAGAUUAUUUUUUUCGGGUUUAUAACGUUUCUGUUUGAAUUAACCGUAGUUACAUCUACUCGUAAUAAUUUUGAUAGUAAAAAGGAAUCCCGUUUGAAAAAUUCUAAACUCGCGGGAAAUCGUGUUGAUGUGUUCGAAAACUUAUUACAAGUGUACGAUCCUUCAUUCUUAGCCGUACUUUGGCCUAAAAUAUCAAACGGUGUGCAUUUAUCUAUCGAUGUCUCAUGCUGGGAAGAUAUGAGAGACAUGUUCAAAGACCUUUCGGAUGGUCAACUUUGGGCAUUCAAAGCCGUAGAUUCAUCAGGGCGCUACCAGUCCGGUUUAAAUGAUGGAAAUAGAUUCUGGCUCGGCUCAAAACAUCAGUGUCUCAGUUUGAAUGAGUAUGUGAGCUGUCUUCACAAUUCUACCAGGAGUUUCCACGAUAUCGACUAUGCAACAGCCCAACGACUUAGAGCACGGAAUUUUGACGAUGAUUCUCAACAAUGGGCAAUAAGUCUAGAUCAGACGCAUUCGUCUGCAGAUGUGAAGAAAGUACCCAUUAAACUCGCUUACAGUACUCUGAAUAUAGAUUUAAAUAUUACGAGAUUUCAAAGAUCAUACGAAAUAAUACUCGGAGUGUGUCUGCCCAGAUCGUGUGACUUGAACGACGUCGAAUCUAUAAUAAAUUUCUCAAUAAUGGUUACCAACAAUCUUAAAACUAACAGAAUGCUCCCUAGGAGGGUCAAAGUUAAAAGUUCUAGACACGUUGAACCUUAUUACGAUUUGAAAACAGAUGCUGGAUUCAUUCUACUCGUAACAAUAACUACAAUACUAAUUGCUGUAUGUAUAAUAGCCACGGUCAUUGAAAUAGAUUGCAUAAAAUUAAUACCAUAUAGAAAAAAAUCGAUGAGUUUUGAUCUAGAAAAAAUAAAUGAAUCAGACACUAUAAACAAGGAGAGAGACAUCAAAAGGACAAAAAGGAUUGACGAUAAAUUAGAGGAUGAUAUGGAUAUGGCUUACACUGAUGAUUCAUAUCCAGGGAAAUAUGUUACUGAUCCUAGAUUCACUAUGGAUUUGGCCGCAGAUAGGACAAUACAUAGUUGCAACAGAUGUGGCAAGUACAAAAAGCAGUGUAACUCACGCAACAGCCUACCAGUUAGCUUCAGAGCAGCAAAUCCGUCGGUUACAAACAAAAAGAAGGGUUUCAUGUGCCAGCUGUUAUUGUGUUUCUCAUUAAUAUAUUCGUGGAAGAGAAUAUUUAAUAAGAACACAUCUAACAAGGAUCUGUCUUUGACACAUGCUUUGAAAAUUGGAGCAACAUUUUGGGUUAUUUAUGUGCAUGUAGUUGUUUCCGUGGACCAGAUUUCAGGAACUUCAAGUGACACAUACCCAAACAACAAUGCUUAUAAUGUAUUAAUGACUGGAACUUUAGCUUUCGACACAUUAUUCUUUACAAGUGGCCUGUUUAGUUCCCAUCAUUUCUUUUACUUGAAGAGUCGGUACAGCAUCGAGGAGCUCGUCAACUUUGGCGGUGCCUGCGGUCAGAUCCUGCAAUUCGUUUGUUUUGUAACCAACAGGAUUAUUAGGCUAUUGCCGUCUUAUGCGUACGCGCUACUGCUGUCGGCGGUGGUGGCUCGCGUGUACCGCAGCACGUCCGUUCUCACACUGUCAGACAACGAUCACACUAACUGCGACCAUUGCUGGUGGAGAAACAUACUUUACGCUUCCAAUAUGUACGACGAGGACGAACAAUGCCUCCAGAUUUCAUGGUACUUGUCAACGGAAACGCAGCUGCAUGCCGUGGGCGCGCUGGCGUGUGCCGCGGGGGGGCUCGCGGGGGGGCACGCGGGUGGCCCGGGGGGAGCGGCGCGGGCCGUCGUGGCGGCCGCCGUGUUCAUGACGAUGUUGGCCGCCAGCGCUGCCGACUUCACUGCCGCAUACUUCGAUAGAGGACUAUUGACGAGCUCUGCGUCGGCGUACACAGCCAUCAUAGUUCGUCCGUGGGCCCGAGUUGCUCCGUACUUUAUGGGGGUCUUUGCUGGCUGGCUGACGCACGUUCUGAGCGGAAGACUCAAGGUUUCUACGGUAACUUCAUCGUUGUUAUGGAUCAUGUCUCUAUCGUUGCUGGUGACGUCAUCAGCGCUGCCCUGGCUCUCGCAGUGGUGGGCGACCGCGGCAGUGCACGUGGCCUGGCCCAUGGCCUUACUGUGGCCUGUACUUGCAUGCGCCACUAUAUAUGCAGUGCCGUGUCGCGGCGUGCUGGGCGGUGCGUGCGCGGCGGCAGUCGGCCGGCUGUGCCCGAGCGCGCUGGUCGUGCACGCCGCAGCGGCCAGGCUCGUGCUGCUCGCCGCUGACUCGAGCGUCUGCUCGAACGCUACUUGCGUUUGGACGUAUUUCACAGCCGUGAGCGUGUUGAGCAUGUGUGCUUCGCUGGUGGUGUCGUUGCUGGUGGAGAUGCCGUUCUGCAGUCUUCUGCGUCGCGUGUGCGACCGUGCCGCGAGGUGACAGACGCCGACCGAAGCUAGGGAUGUAAACCGGUUCGAAGAAAACCGGAGAAAAACCGGUUUUUAUACAUACCGAUAAAUACCGGUUUUUUACGCUUUACAUUCACAGUUCACACCAGUGCUACCAGAUCAAAUAUACAAGCUACAAAUAUAAAAAAAACCGUGUUUCAGAAUCAAAUUACCGUGCAUUACAUUUAAAAACUACAGUGCAAUAACCACAAUAUGGUUGGUAGACUUUUAGCGUACGAAAUGAGGACCGUGACGCAAAUAUCCACAUAUCUGCACAUGUUGUCUGCAAAAGAGAUGGUGCAUCGUGAACUGGGGAAUCUUCUUGAAGAAUUUUCAACUCUCGCUUUAUCAUCGGAACAGCCAGAAAAAACCACAAACAAUUUUAAAAAGCCUGGUAUUCUGGAUUUUUUGCAUUCGCGAAAACGGGAUAUUCCGAACGCCACGGCGGCCGCAGUGAAUAUAGUGCGAAUGUAUAUUAAGACUGAAGCCGCCACAGUAAACCACACCGAAAUUGCUGGCACGUGCUAACAUCCAGAAGGAGCAGGCUGCUGACGCAGUGGACCAACUAUGCCUCUUAUAUCAAAAUUUUAGAAUAUUUUUAUUUUAAAUACAAUAGUAUUAAAUCAAAAAUAAAAAGCUUUUUAUUAUUGGAUAAUAUAUAAUAUGAUCAUUAGAAGCCUAUAUAAAAUAUGCUCACCCAGUUAAUUGUAUGAAGAAAACUCUUCGUUUGUACGUAAAUUUGUUUUAUUUAGUGAUUAUUUAGCCUUUAUGGAAAAAACCUAAAAAUACCUAAAAAAACCGGUUUUUUGAGAAAAAAAACCGGUAAUAAACCGGAGCCAGAAAUUGUAAUCGGUUCACAUCGCUAACCGAAGCCUUCCGUCAUGGACGCCACCACUAGUGCGUAGCACCAUAGAUAAUAAAUAUAAGCCGCGCCAUUAAAGAAACGAAUCUAAAAUGGCGGCGGCGAUCAUGCGCUCUCACUCUAAACUAUUGCUAUCUUUAGUCGCACGCGUACUGCAUGCAAAAAAAAAAUCAGUUUGACUUUGUUCUCACACUGUUUCGGCGCGCUCUGUUUUCUCUCAAAUUCUGUUGUUAUUUGUUGCAUUUGCUCGUUAUUUUGUUGUUUUUGUUAAAUUUGGACAAUUAUAAAAUACAAUUACAUACAUUAAUACAAUUGUAAAAUACAUUCUCAUUUGUUAUUUUUAUAUAUUUUUUUACAAUAAACAACUUUUUCUUUCUAUCUUUCUUUUUUUAUUGUUGACCCUACCAUCUGUCAGUGUAGGUACAUAGACGCCAUUUUCGAUUCGUUUCGUUAUUGGCGCGGCUUACUUAUACAUUUGUGGUGAAUAGUUUUUCACACACAGCACUAGCAACGGGAGACGUACCUAAGAAAAAAGUCCAGGCUGUCAGAUGGAGAGAUAAACGUCACGAUAAAAAAUACGUUUUACGUUUUAAAAGGCUCAAAGAUAUAAAAACCAGUUGAUUAUCAAUGUAUGCGAUUUUAAGGUGCGUGUGGAAUAAAUAAGUGCUUCCUAUACCUACUGCAGUUUGAGUUCAAUCCGCAACGACAACAGAUGACAGCAUAUUUCCUAACACCUAAUGUUCAGGACGCAAUACUAUGAGGACGCCAUCAUGUCACGGAAAACUUAUUGGCGCGUAGAGGCAUAACGAAUAAUGACUUGCAGACAUGAUUUCAGAUUCUCAAUUGGAAAACGAAUUAUUUCAUAAUUUCGAAGUCACAAGUAUUAAAAUUGAUGACAUUAACAAAAAAAUUAUGUCGAAUUUUAAAGAGUAACGUUUUUUGUGUAUUAAUUAAAUGAAAUAUUGAUUAAGAAUGAAACUGCUAGAUUUAUUGUGUUGUUUUUUUCUUAACAUUAGCUUAAUGAUAUUAUGAAAUAAAAUCACAUUCUUUUAUAAAAAAACUGUAUUUUCGUAAAAAAAGGAUUACAAACUAAUGUAUGUACGUUAUAUUUACAACUUAUUUACAAUAACAAAUAUACAUGUUUAAUUAUUUACAAUUAUCCUAUAAUAUUUCUAGUUAUGUCUAAUUUCUAUUGUCAUGCUGUUUCUUUAAUAUGUAUAAUGCUUUUAAAUUUUUAUUACACAAAAUUGUAUCACGUCAGAUGAAAAUUGUUAAGGAUUAAAAUGGACAAAAAAUAA